GCAGUCAGCUGGGACGGUCGUGGUUUUUUGUUGUUGUUGCAAAGUUCGGUUCUUCGGAGUUUCGGCGUUUCGGAGUGUGGCAGAGGCUGCUCGGCACAGUGGAAUUGGAUAUCUGACCAUCAAUCAGCAGCAGUGUUCUCUAGAGAAAAAAAAAAGUGUCGCAAAUACGAGUAUUUUUUUUUUCGGUUGUGUCCAACUGGCCCAUGUUCGGCAGAUCGGCAUGCAGCUUUAGGGGUGGAAAACUGUCCAUAAUGAUGAAGCUGCUAAUACUGUCACUGCUGUCGAUUGGGGCUGCCCACUCGAGCUACGCGCUGCCACCGUCCACGUUCGGCGAUGCCCUGGCCAGUGCCGGCCAGCUGUCCAACAAGUUGAAGGAAACCGUCGCAUGGAAGACUUUCGCCGGAAUCGCACGCGAGUCGGACUCGCUCAACUCGCUGGUGAAGUUCAUCCCCCGAACGACGAUGGGUUUCGUGCGGGAAGUGGUCAACACGUUCCGGCAAAAGGACACCCGCGCCAUCGUCCUAACCCGGUUGGGUGCCCUCGAGGGUCGGAUCCAGAAGGUAAAGGGCGGAGCCCGCGGGGAGUUUUUCGCCUUCAAGGGUAUCCGCUACGGACAGGCCCCGGUUGGGCCGUUGCGGUUUAAGGCGCCCGUGGCGGAGCUGCCGUGGAAGGGCAUCAAGGGUGCCCUGCGGGAGGCGUCCGUGUGUCCCCACCGGAGUAUGCUGCUGGACAACUUCAAGGGCAGCGAGGACUGUCUGUUUCUGAACGUGUACACGCCGGACUUGCCGAUCGGAGACUACAACCCCAACUUCCCAGUCAUGGUCUGGGUCCAUGGCGGUGCCUUCUCGUUCGGCUCCGGCAACGCCUUCCUGUACGGUCCGGACUACCUCGUCCCGGAGGGGGUGGUGCUGGUCACCUUCAAUUACCGAUUGGGUCCGCUCGGGUUCCUGAGCGUCGGUCGUGACGCUCCUGGAAACGCCGGCCUCAAGGAUCAGGUGCUAGCCCUUAAGUGGGUCCGAGAUAACAUUGCGGCGUUCGGGGGUAAUCCGAAGGAGGUCACCAUUUUCGGUCAAUCGGCGGGAGCCGUUUCGGUGCACAUGCUGAUGAUGUCUCCGUUGGCGAAGGGUCUGUUCCACAAGGCGAUCGCCCAGAGUGGUUCCGCGCUGAAUCCGUGGGCGAUGGCUACGAACCCGAAGGAGAGGGCGUUCCGGCUGGGGGCUCUGAUGGGUUGUUAUACGAACGAUACGGAAGAGUUGUUGUAUUAUCUGAGGAGGGCAAGCCCGCAGAAGAUCGUUGAUCUGGCUUCGCGUACGAUCACGCAGGAGGACGUUAAGCGGAGCAUAGGGUUGCCGUUUGUGCCAUCGGUGGAGAACUGGACCGGGGGGGACGCUUCCGAUGAGGCUCCGCUGAUUUCGGAAGAUCCGUUGACGAUAAUGAAGAGCGGAAAGUACAACAAUGUCCCGCUGAUUGUGGGCUUCAACUCGCACGAAGCUAUGCUGUUCUUGAGACGAGUCCACAAGGAUCCAAACCUGCUGCAAAACAUCGACGGUGACUUCCAGCGGUUGAUUCCGGUUGAUCUGGAAGUGAAACGUGAUUCUGAAGAGGGGGCUCGGUUAGCGCGUUCAAUGCGCAAGUUUUACCUGAACGAUGAGCACAUUACCAACUCGACUGUUCAGAAUCUGAUGGACCUAAUGUCGGACGUGAUGUUCGAGCACGGGAUCGCCGAUAUGGCCCGGCUGCACGCGGCCCACAACGGGCACGACUCGACCUGGCUGUACCGGUUCGCGUACGACGGUGCCCUCGGCAUCUACAAGCGGAUACUGGGCAUCGAGUGGCCGGGGUCGUGCCACGGCGACGAGCUGGGUUACCUGUUUCACUUUGGCGUGCUCAACAUCCGGCUGGACAACUCGUCGCUGGAGCUGCAAACCAUGACCAAGAUGACGCGGAUGUGGACCAACUUUGCCAAGUACAGCAACCCAACGCCGUACGGGGCGAACGACGCCGUGGUCGGGCUGCGCUGGCCCUGCCUGAUUCCGAACUCGAUGACGGACCUGCCGUACCUGGACGUGACGAACAGUAUGACGGCACGGCACAACCCGGACGCUGAACGGCUUCGCUUCUGGGAUCGCACCUACGAAAAGUACAACGGCCCCAUCCUGGAGGGGCGCAGCUAGACGCAGAUUCCGAGGGUGUUUUUAAAAUUAGUGUUUAAAAAAAAAAGAAGUUGAAAAUAGCUAUUAUUUCUGCAAAACAAAACAAGAUGGAACUUUUUUUCCAGUGCUGCUAUAUUAGAAAACAGAAUCAUGUAUUUUUAAACAUUGCUUUUCUCGCGGUAGAUAAAAGUAUGAGUGAGAUUGAGUGAGUCCGAUGCCAGUUUUAAUAAGUGAGAGGUUUUUGGCGGAAAACUUUCUUGUAUUUGAAAAUUCUAGUUUCCUAGUUGAGUAAGCCUUUAGAAAACUAGUGAAUUCGUUGCGUUUUUUUUCGGAUAGUUUUAGGUGAACCAGAUUAUUGACUGACUGACGAAAAUGUGUUUUAAAAGAAGAUGAAAUAAACGAUACCUGUUCUAUAAAA